CUUACAGGUCAAGUAGGUCAGGGGACAUGUAAACAGAAAGAUAAAGUUGGUUUCUUUCCCUCGACUUAUGAUUCUCCCUUUGAAGAAAGUUAAAAAGUUGUAUAAGAACACACUGGCUGAAGAUAAACAUUAUCAAUAAGAUGUCAGAGAGAGGAGAGGAUUUAGUCACACUCAACAGUACUCCACAGAGACACAUAAACACACUGCCUGGUAAAACACUUCAUAAAUGUGAUGUGUGUGCAAUAGAAUUUCCUCAAGGUAGUCAAUUAAAGAGACACGUGAGAACACAUACAAGUGAUAACCCCAUGGACUGUGAUAUAUGUGGUAAAGAGUUCAGUCAGCUUCGUUAUUUACAAAGACACAAGAGAACACAUAAUGGUGACCAACCUCAUCACUGUGAUAUAUGUGGUAAACGAUUUAGUCAGCGUGGUAAUUUACGGAGACACAUGACAAUACAUACAGGUGACAGACCUUAUGUCUGUGAUGUAUGUGGUAAAGGGUUUAGUGAUCAAUGCACUUUACAGAGACAUUCGAGAAUACACACAGGUUAUAAACCUCAUAACUGUGAUGUAUGUGGGAAACGAUUUACUCUGCUUGGAACUUUACAAAGACACAUGAGAAUACAUACAGGUGAUAUACCAUAUGAAUGUGAUAUAUGUGGUAAAGGGUUUAGUCGGCCUAAUGAUUUACAGAGACACAUAAGAACACACACAGGUGAUAAACCUCAUGGCUGUGAUGAAUGUGGUAAACAAUUUAGUCUGCUUGGAACUUUACAAAGACACAUGAGAAUACAUACAGGUGAUAUACCAUAUGAAUGUGAUAUAUGUGGUAAAGGGUUUAAUAGGCCUACGGAGUUACAGAGACACAUGAGAACACAUACAGGUGAUAAACCUUAUGACUGUAAUGACUGUGGUAAACGGUUUAGUCAGCUUGGAAGUUUAAAAAGACACAUGAUUACACAUACACAGGAUACAGGUGAAAAACCUCAUGGCUGUGAUGAAUGUGGUAAACGGUUUAGGCAGCCUCGUUAUUUACAAAUACACAUGAGAACACAUAUAGGUGAUAAACCUCAUUGCUGUGAUGUAUGUGUUAAAGGAUUUAGUAGGCCUAAGGAGUUACAGAGACACAUGAGAACACAUACAGGUGAAAAACUUGUUGACUUUGAUGUAUGUGGUAAAGAUUUCAGUUGACUUGGUUAUUUACAGACUCACGUGAGAACACAUACAGGGGAUAAACCUCAUAAAUGUGAUGUAUGUGGAAAAGGGUUUAGUGAUCCUGGUAAUUUCAAGAAACAUAUAAAAAUACAUUUGUACAUACAGGUAAAACAUGUAAACCUGAAAUUUGAGAUGGCAAAGAUUUUAGACAAUUUAGCAGUGUAAAAGGAAGUAUAAGCAUACAUAACAUGCAAUUAACCUGAUGCCAGUAGUGUAUAUGGUACAGAUUUUGAAAAGUCAGAAAUGUUUAAUACUUAUUGACAUAACAGAUACAUGUUAUAUUAAGCU